AGUGGUGUAUUGUGAAAAACUCAAAACAAGUUGGCUUGUUGCAUGUUUUCCUCGCCGAUAAUUUACUAAAAUAGCGCAGAAAAACAUUAAGAGAAUCAAAAAAAAACGAUUCAUUUAAGAGCAGAAAGGUCGGUGCAGACGAGACAAUAAAAGAUUCGGUUCUCGGUGCAAAGUUUAACCCAGUAAAGGCGAUUCCCGUAUAGUGUGUUGUCGUAGCAUCCGUCAGCGUACGUACAUCGCGCACUUGCAUCACCGAAGCCGGCAAUAUGUUGAGACACCUUCGCAAAUAGAGCAUCAACUGUCGGUCCACCACACACCAACAUGAGCAAUAGCAACAGUGACAACGAGAAUGAGGGAGGCCUCAAUUUGGCCGGCUUCCUGUUCGGCAAUGUCGACGAGCAUGGGCACCUGGAUGGCGAUUUUCUCGACGAGGAAGCGAAACAGCAACUUUCUUCCCUUUCACGCAUGGGCCUAUCGUCCUUUCUGGCCGAUGUGCUGCAGGAUGAUGAGUCGGAAAAGAAACCUUCCCGGGCGUACAGCGAUAGCGAUGAUUCUUCGUCGAGUGAUGAUGAUCGAAUGCACCGGCGGUACGACGACGAUAGCGAUGGAACAAACUACAAAGUAAAGGCCGACUGUGCCGUAGAUUAUUCCGACAUAAACGAGUUGGCGGAAGAGUCUGCCGCGCCACCACCAGCUUCCAUCAAACAGGAAACAACGGAUGGCAUUAAGCAAGAGGACAAGAAGGAUAUAAAAGUUGAAGACGAUGAGGAUGACAUAGAAGCGGCAAUUCCGUGCAGUCGCGUUGAGGCACGAACUGCCGCGGACCAGUCUGCGGUUAAGGAGGAAAAUGCCGGUGGAAACGGGGUGGACGAUAAGGAGCUUAUGCCACCGCCAACAGCACCGGUAAGCAGCGACGGAACCACAGCACCAUCCACUGCUUCAACCGCCGACGAAUCGUCUAAAGAUAAACCGAAAAAGCUCGAAACACCUCUGGCCGCUAUGUUACCGUCAAAAUAUCAAAACGUGGACGUGCGUGAAUUUUUCCCCGAUUUUCGCCCCGACAAAGUGUUGCGCUUUUCGCGGCUGUUCGGUCCGGGGAAGCUUUCCAGCUUACCGCAGAUUUGGCGCAGUGUGAGACGCCGGCGUAACAAAAAGUCACAAUCAUCCUCGCGAAAGCCACGCGACGGUUCGGAUUCUACGUCGGAUUCGGACGAACCAAGGCGUCGGCAGUAUUUCACACCAACGUACGCACCGCUGCCCCCGAAAGACAUGUGGGCAUCGGACGACGAGGAACGUUUCAUUCGGCGUGAAGCGGACCAGGAGAAGGAGGUGAAAGAUAAGGAGUCGGACAGCAAGGGUGAUUCGAAACCGAAGGUGGCCGAUUGGCGGUACGGUCCGGCUCAGAAGUGGUACGAUAUGCUGGAUGUACCGGACACCGGGGAAGAUUUCAAUUACGGCUUUAAGCAAGCCGAUCCGGUCAAGCUGGAGGCACUGCCCACCGUAACGUCCGUCACGGACAAAACCUUCCCGGACGAUGCGUUUUUGAUGGUGUCCCAGCUGCACUGGGAGGACGAUGUGGUGUGGGACGGGAACGACAUCAAGCACAAGGUGCUGCAGAAGCUCAACUCGAAGGUGAACGCGGCCGGUUGGUUGCCCUCGAGCGGUUCCCGAACGGCGGGCGCAUUUAGCCAACCGGGCAAAACCAUCCCAGCGUCGCCCGCGAACACCGGCACCAAAUCGUCAUCCUCUAGCAAGAUGAGCAAAACGCAAAUGAUCAUCAAUGCGGCACAAAAGGCGCAGGAAGAAAACGAAGACGCCUGGUACAGCAUCUUUCCGGUCGAGAACGAUGAGCUGGUGUACGACAAAUGGGAGGACGAUGUGAUUUGGGAUGCGGAAGCGGUAACAAAGAUCCCGAAACCGAAGGUCCUAACGCUCGAUGCGAACGAUGAGAACAUCAUCCUGUGCAUUCCGGACGAUAUCGAUCCGUCGAAGAUUGUGCGAAACACGGGCCCCCAGCCGAAGGUAAAGAUCCCGCAUCCGCACGUGAAGAAGUCAAAGAUUUUGCUCGGCAAGGCCGGUGUGAUCAAUGUGCUGGCGGAGGACACACCACCACCACCACCCAAAAGCCCCGACCGCGAUCCGUACAACAUUUCCAACGACGUCUACUACAUGGCAAAGUCGACUGAAGCUACGCUUAAGAUUAAGGUCGGCGGUGGCAAUUUGUUGCAGCAUUCAACGCCGACCGUCGAGCUGCGGGCACCGUUCGUUCCGACACACAUGGGUCCGAUGAAAUUGCGCAUGUUCCAUCGGCCACCGAUGAAGAAGUACUCGUACGGUGCGCUCGCUUCGUCCAACCCGCAGCCCGUCCUGCCGCUUCAGAAACACAUCAAGAAAAAGGCGAAGCAACGCGAGCUGGAACGAAUUGCAUCGGGCGGCGGUGAUGUGUUCUUCAUGCGAACCCCGGAAGAUUUAACCGGCCGCGAUGGAGAGCUGAUUUUGAUCGAGUUUUGCGAGGAACAUCCACCGCUGAUGAAUCAGGUCGGGAUGGCGUCGAAAAUUAAAAACUUCUACAAGCGCAAGAUGGGCAAGGAUCCGGGUCCGCCCGAGUUUCGGUUCGGCGAAACGCAUUACGCACACACGUCACCCUUCCUGGGCAUCCUGCACCACGGCCAGUGUAUUCAGGCGAUCGAGAACAACAUGUACCGGGCACCGAUCUAUCCGCACAACAUCCACGAGACGGAUUUUCUGGUCAUCCGUACCCGGAACAACUAUUUCGUGCGCGAGGUUGACGCACUGUUUACGGCCGGCCAGGAGUGUCCGCUGUACGAGGUGCCCGGACCGAACUCGAAGCGGGCCAACAACUUUGUGCGUGACUUUCUGCAAGUGUUCAUCUACCGGUUGUUUUGGAAAAGCAAAGACAAUCCGCGCAAAAUCCGUAUGGACGACAUUAAGAAAGCGUUCCCGGCACACUCGGAAAGCAGCAUACGGAAGCGGUUGAAGCUUUGCGCGGACUUUAAGCGAACGGGCAUGGAUUCGAACUUUUGGGUCAUCAAGCCCGAGUUUCGGCUGCCGUCGGAGGAGGAGAUACGGGCGAUGGUGUCGCCGGAACAGUGCUGUGCGUACUUUAGCAUGAUUGCGGCCGAGCAGCGGCUGAAGGACGCGGGUUACGGUGAAAAGUUUAUCUUCGCCCAGCAGGAGGACGACGAUGAGGAGAUGCAGCUGAAGAUGGAUGAUGAGGUGAAGGUGGCACCGUGGAAUACGACCCGCGCUUACAUUCAAGCGAUGCGAGGGAAGUGUAUUCUGCAGCUGAAUGGACCGGCUGAUCCGACCGGAUGUGGUGAAGGGUUCUCGUACGUGCGAAUGCCAAACAAACCGACUCAACAAAACAAAGAGGAAACGGAAAGCCAACCGAAACGUACCGUCACCGGUACGGAUGCCGAUUUACGUCGGCUCUCGCUAAACAACGCCAAAGCACUGCUGCGAAAGUUCCAAGUGCCCGAGGAAGAAAUCAAAAAGCUAUCCCGCUGGGAAGUUAUCGAUGUCGUACGGACACUGUCCACCGAGAAAGCAAAGGCCGGCGAGGAAGGCAUGGAUAAGUUCUCGCGCGGUAACCGAUUCUCGAUCGCCGAACACCAGGAACGCUACAAGGAAGAAUGUCAGCGCAUCUUCGACCUCCAGAAUCGGGUGCUUGCCUCGUCCGAAGUGCUUUCCACCGAUGAGGGUGAAUCGACCGCAUCGGAAGAGUCCGAUCUGGAGGAGUUGGGCAAAAAUCUGGAAAACAUGCUGGCGAACAAGAAAACGUCCACCCAGCUGUCGCUCGAGCGUGAAGAGCAGGAACGGCAAGAGCUGCUGCGCAAAAUCAUGGAAGAGCAGGGUGGUUCCGGGCAGAAGAAGAAAAAGGACGAGGAAGGCAUGAAGGAUGAACAGCAAUCGAGCACGGCAAAGAUACUGAAAAUUACGCGCACGUUCAAGAAUGCGGAAGGACGCGAGUAUACGCGCGUGGAGCUGGUGCGCCGUAGUCCGGUAAUUGAUGCGUAUGUGAAAAUUCGCACCACCAAGGAUGAGGCUUUCAUACGCCAGUUUGCCACACUGGAUGAGGCCCAGAAGGAGGAGAUGAAGCGCGAGAAGCGACGCAUUCAGGAGCAGUUGCGACGCAUCAAGCGUAACCAGCAAAAGAUUGGCCUGCAAACGCAGAACCCGCACAACACGGUCGGAACACCGAUCAGUCUCGGCGAUCGGGAGACGCACACACCGAAGCCGUUUACGAACCGAUUGCUUGAUGUGUCUGGGCGUAAUCUCGAUACACCGGGCGCGAGUGGGGGAGGAUCCGGCGGUGGAAGUAUGUCCGGCGCGGGGAAGGAACACAGCCCUUCGUCGUCAUCGUCUCGCCGGAAGGCAAAGAUUAAGCCGGAUUUGAAGCUAAAAUGUGGCGCCUGUGGACAGGUCGGGCAUAUGCGUACGAACAAAGCUUGCCCCCAGUACUCGGGGCUAAUGGCGACACCGUCGCUGAAUGUGGCCAUGACCGAGGAACAGGAGGAAGAGAUCGAAAAGGAGCUCAACGCGGACGAUGAAGGCGAUCUGGUGAAUGUGGACGGGACAAAGGUGAAGCUGAGCGGAAAGCUGCUGAAGCGCCACGAGGACGUGAAGCGUCGCACGUUGCUGCUGAAAGUGCCCAAGGAAGCGGUGGGCAAGAAGCGUCGCCGUGUCGGCGGCGAUUCCCACUGUGACUAUCUGCAGCGACACAACAAAACAACCAACCGCCAGCGUACCGAUCCGGUGGUCGUGUUUUCAUCCGUGCUGGAGCAGAUCCUGAACGAGCUGCGCGAUAUGCCGGAUGUGCAGCCGUUCAUGUUUCCGGUAAACGCCAAACAGGUGGCCGACUAUCAUCGGAUUGUACAGCGGCCGAUGGAUCUGCAAACCAUACGCGACUACAUCCGGCAGAAGAAGUAUCAAACGCGCGACGAGUUCCUGGCGGACAUUAAUCAAAUCGUGGAGAACUCGUCGCUGUACAAUGGGGCGAAGAGUUCGCUAACGGUCGCCGCCCAGCGGAUGCUGCAAAAGUGCAAGGAACGGGUGCAGGAGCGUGAGGAGCGUCUGACGCGGUUGGAGAAAAGCAUCAACCCGCUGCUGGACGACGACGAUCAGGUCGCGCUGUCCUACAUCCUCGGUGAGUACGUGAACGGUCCGCUGAAAACGAUGCCCGAAAGCUGGCCAUUCCUGAAGCCGGUCAACAAGCGGCUCGUGAAGGACUACUACACCAUCAUCCGGCGCCCGAUGGAUCUGGAGAAGGUGUCGAAAAAGGUCGCCUCCCACAAGUACCAUUCGCGUGCGGACUUUCUGGCCGAUCUGCAGCUGAUCGCGGACAACAGCGAACAGUACAACGGUGCGGAAGCGAACUUUACCAAGCAGGCGCGCCAGAUGGUGGAAGCGACACGGAAAGCGCUGGACUCGAUGGAUCAUAACGUGGCGGAGCUGGAAAAGAAUAUUGCGCUGGUGCAGGAACGGGCGCGCAACGAGGACGAUGACAUGGACUGGGAGGAUGACGAUCAGGAGCUGAAGGGUGGUCCGGGUGGUUCGCGCGAGUCUUCACCCGAUCUGGAGGACGCGGGCAACGAUAGCAAUCCCGAUCGGCCACCCUCCUCGACGGAUGUAUCGCGUGCGGCCCGAUUGGAAGCGAAGCGAGCCCGUGCACGUCAACGGAAAGCUGCCAAGGGUGAUGAUUUUGGAGGACGCCCUUACGGAUCGUCCUAUUCCGAAUCGGCAAUGCCAUUCCCAAUAGUUCGCCCGAAUGCCAGCCAUCGCGCUGGCUUUAUGGGCAGUGCGGGAAUGCCAAGUGCGAUAUCUCGUAGCAGCACUAGCACGGUGCUCGAUAGUUCGCAGCCAAUGAUGCAUCCCAAUGUGGCCGCUUCGGCCUACGAAAUGAACUGGAUGAAUUUGGGCGCUGAAAAUUAUGACGAAAUGGCAGGACCUUCCGGGUACGGUACUGCUAGCUCAGCUCAAUUCGGAAACGAGUAUGGCAGUGGAGUUGCGAGCGGGUUAAACGAAAUGCAAAAAUCGGCGAGCUUCGGAUACGAUGAAUCGAAUCAACUUUUCAAACCUUUACCGCUGGACGCUAGCAAGAAACGUGAUCAUCAAUACUCGACAGACGAUGAAGAGUUUGAGGAAGUUGGUACAAGCGACAAUGAGGGUGUUUCUGUAACGCUGGAACAAUCGAACACCACCUCAAGCAUGAUGCCACCGCAGAGCGAAGACGACAGCCAGCAGGCAGCCGAAGCAAUGGUUCAGCUUAGUGGCGCGCAAUACUACAACGCAGCUCAGGAUGAAUCGAUGGAGAUCGAUCCUAACUACGAUCCGAGCGAUUUCUUGGGCAUGUCCAACCGGCAACAAACGAGCGACACCGGUCGCAAUGAAGCGAGCAACCAACCAUCCUCGGAACCAAGCUAUUCGAUCGACCAAUCCAACCAAAACAGCGAAUACUCGCAAGAGGAACCUAAAGAUCAGCCGCAGCAGCCGCAGUUCGAACAACAAGCGGACGGAAAUCAGGCGGCAGAUAAUGGAUCGCAGCAACAGCCACAAUCAAGCGCGCUUCCAGCACUUCAAACGCUGCACUCGGAUUUGGCCAUUUCCGAUAGCGAUGACGAGAAGAGCAACUUGCAGAUGGAUGAAGUACGCGAUGAGAACGACGAUAAUGACGAAGGUGGCGAUCUUUGGUUCUAAACGGAGUACCAAGAUCCUCUGGUGGGUGUAAGUAUAGCGGGAAAGCUACGUAUCGAUAGUAAAUGUUUAAUAAAAUAUUUCUAAGCUCA